CUCUUUGUUGCACGAGACCAUGAUAAUUCAAAGAUGUUUGAAUUCGCCCGGUUCUUGGAAACUUGGGUAAAAUUUCGAUCUUAGCUAAUGUGUCUGCUAGUGAGUAUGGUUGUAUCAGGAAUCGAGGUAAUGACACUAUGAGAUUGCAAUUCAGUUUUUUAUUCCCGUCUAGUUUAGGCACCUUUCCUGCAGGCCCUACCGCUAUGUUCGUGUUUAGCAGAACUUCUCUUCAUAUGUAUUGUAUGCCGGUGAUGGUUUAUCUUUGUGCAUUUGCUCUGAUGACCUCUAGUUCUAGUCACUCAAAUCUUGCCGCCAUCAAGGUGCAAAAUUAAGUUGCUAGCUCCAGUUAACUAACGGGGCGAUUGUUGCUGCAGCUAAUUAUGAGACUCAAGUUAUUCGUAGUGUAUUUUAUCUACCAGCAACUAUCCAGGCAUAUGAACCUGUGAUUGUAGGUUGGAAGCUGUGCUGUCUAUUGGUACUCAUCUAAUCCCACACCCAAGAAAGGCUGCAAGUGGUGGAGAAGAUGCUUUCUUUGCCAAUAGCGAUGCUGGCGGAGUAUUUGCCAUUGCAGAUGGUGUUUCAGGUCAUUCUCUUAUCUACUGACAGAUGGGCAGAAAAGGAUGUCAAUCCAGCUCUGUUUUCACGAGAGCUCAUGAGAAACAGCUCUAAUUUUCUCAACGACGAGGAGGUCAAUCGUGAUCCUCAGACUCUUCUCAUGAAAGCUCAUGCUGCAACUUCUUCUAUUGGAUCUGCAACAGUAAUCAUCGCCAUGCUAGAGAAGACUGGGACUCUGAAAAUUGCAAGUGUGGGAGAUUGUGGUUUGAAAGUUAUUCGUAAAGGCCAAGUAAUGUUUUCUAUAUCCCCUCAAGAACAUUACUUUGACUGUCCAUACCAGAUAAGCUCCGAGUCAGCUGGUCAAACAUAUCAGGAUGCACUGGUUUGCAGUGUAAAUCUCAUGGAUGGUGAUAUGAUUGUGAGUGGUUCAGAUGGACUUUUUGACAAUAUCUUUGAUCAAGAGAUUAUUUCCAUAAUUUCUGAGUCGCCAGGAGUAGAUGAAGCUGCAAAAGCAUUGGCGGAGCUUGCAAGAAAGCAUUCAGUUGAUGUCACAUUUGAUUCGCCCUACUCAAUGGAGGCCCGGAGUAGGGGUUUCGAUGUUCCCUGGUGGAAGAAGCUACUUGGAGCCAAACUAAUAGGUGGUAAGAUGGAUGACAUUACAGUUGUUGUCGCAAAAGUGAAGAAAGUAUUGGUCCCAGAAGACGAGGGUGGUGUCAUAGAAGAACGGAAAGUGAAUGAGCAAGGCAUUGCUGUUGCAGAAGAACAGAAAGGGAAUGAGCCGGGCAUUGCUGUUGCUGUUGCAUCCGCUGAACAAAGUGAAGAAUGAUCAAUAGCUAUCUUGAGUUCUUGAUCCGCCGACAUUUUCACUCAUUUAUUUUUUCUGCAAUGGUGUGUUAUGCUGCAAGUAAAGAAGUUGAAGAGAAACACAGUUUGUGUGAUUGUGUGUAGCUGUGCAUAUAUGUACUUCCUCCCAGAUUGGGUUUAAUAUGAAUGAAAAUAUGCAGUCAAGUCAGCUGCAACUUGCA